AUGCCUUCAGACUUCUGCACACGUCAGCAUCACUCUGUCGCAUUGCGCUCUUUCCUUGAGUUUGAAAAAGUCUCUGAAGGCAGUGACGGGCCCAUAACAGUCAUGUCUGAUUCGUUGCAACAGUUCCUCCUGUGCCGUGCCGCCAUACCACACAUGUCAUAUGCCGUAGGUUUUAGCGGAUGGCUGCUCGGGAGUCUUGGCACCGCCCCCCUGCCUUUUUUACUCCGCCAUUCCUUCCGCUGUGCCUUUCACCCCUUCUUUGACAUUCACUGCGUUCAUAUGUAA